AGGAGCUAAGAUAUGCGAGAUGAACAGUUUGCAAGUAACGGUACUCUAGAUGAGGUAGAAAUGGCGAAUGCUGAUGACAUAGAAACCAAACUAAACGACCUCCUAGUCCCUGUAGAACCAUACCUAGAAAACAGGAUCCAGGAGUUUGGUCCGAAUGGGGAGGAGCAGUUUGUGCAGUCAGUGAGUAUAGGAGAGAAACUACUGGACAGAGCAGGGAAGAUAGACUAUAAGUUUGUUAUAGAUAAGGAGGUAGGAGAAGAGAAGGAGCCUCAGCAGCACCCCUGGACGGAUGUGUUGCGGGAUCUGAACCACUCCUACGCAGAGGUGUGCGUGUUAUCAGAUCUAAUGGCACUACUCCAACAGAGACAGUUCCUAAUGUUGGACCCAGUCCAGCAACCCCGCCCCCCUUACAACACUUCACAAGUAGUUGUGGCUAAGAAGGUCGGACUCAAAUCAGCCGCGCACAUCCUCCAGUUAGGAGUAGAUAACAUGAGUAAGGGUAAUGUGGGCCAGUUCCACACGGCUCUAGCUAAGAUGAGCUCCAGAUUCAAGAUGAAGAAGCAAGGGUCGUACAUCUUGGGAGAUGCUAGUUACAGGAGUUGCGGUUCAGAGAAAUACUACAACGAGGAGGCGUUGUUUGAGGUAACUAGGAAUGAUGAUCCAGUAGGUUACCCUCUGAAGGUUACCCCUGACCCAUCAGUACAAAUGUUAUCUUACCUGACGGUAUCAGAGGACUGUAGCGAGAGAGCUGGGUUUCCUGUUCCCUCUUACUGGCAACAUAUCCCUUUUCCUCACGCGCAAAUCUUAGCAAUACUCUACUCUUUAUUCUCUAAAGAACUGUACCAUCUCAUGACACUAGACUGCGUAACUGUAGCUAUGGGAAUUUACAAUCACCCCUCUGUGGUAUGCAAGUCAGUUGAUAACAUGAUCACAGUAAGACAGAGUGAAGGUUCCAAGUUGUACUUGCGCCGUCAGAUUGAAGGUGAACUCACCCGUGCUCGCCUCCUCCAACCCUCCCCUAUACUGCGAGUAGACGAGCUGUGUCUACAGCACCAUUUACACAAGAGACAUAAGAUAAGUCACGAGGAGGAGAACUCGUCAACAGAGGGAGGUGGGUACUCGACCAUGAUGUUGGGGAUUGUCAAUAAUAAACCUAAGUUGCCACAACUGCUGAACUUUGAGAUACUGCACCACCAGCAUAAGACAAAGAGACGCCAGAUCAUACAGCAGUUAGAUGAGCUUGCUAAGGAGAUUCAGGAACCCAAAGUAACUAUAAGAUGUGGGCCCUGUUCUACCCCUCAUGAGUCCAGUCUCAAUAUUACCCUGUCACCUGUAUCUAGGAUUAUUACCAGUACUAAAGUCUUGAUGAGAGUUACUGUAGGUACUACAGGGUUUAAGAACAGUUACCAGAUAGACAGCAGUCAGAGGGGUUCUGUGUACACUGGACCUGACUCAAACAUGGCUAUAUCUGCUAUCAGACGAGAGAUACGCUCCUACACAUUACUAAUGUUACGUAUGACAUGUACACACAACAUGUGGGGUAUUCUUUCCACAGACCAGCACAGCGACCACAUCUUCGCGCAAUGUCCGGAGAAGCGCCACAACCUCACACUGCGCGUGCGCGCGGAUCUCUCUGUCUGCGCGCUCUUUGAAGAGACUGAGUAUUCGCUAGAUAGACUCCCGGGAAGUAGUAUUGUUCACAAACUUACUUUGUUUUUAAGUGUUAUUUGUGAACCUAUUAAACCUACCAGAACUUUAUAAGUAAUUUUAUUUUUAAACUUUAAAAUCUCGAAUUUAUCUUUUAAAUCAUAUAAUUGUUUGGCAUUUAAUACCGUUACUUCUUAAAGGUUUAGUUUUUACGGUUAAUUCAUUAAGCUGAAGUUGGAAAUAUGCCAACUUUCUUCAGUAUAUUAUUAAAUAUUCGAGAAAUUAAGCUUAUUGUCAUAAACAUAUCACUAUAUACAAUGCCAUUUGUAUUUGAUUUGAUUUUAUCUAUUACAUAAGUUAUCACUGGUUGAAAUAUGAGAUUUGUAUUUGGCAUCUCAAAUAUGUCAAUCAGUUAACCACUUUAAAUUCUCGCUACUUGCAAAUCCCCUGAUAUUUCGUUUCUACCUACUCAGAAGUCUCUGGUCCUCCGGAGGCUGAUAUACAAUUGAGUCUGGCUAUUUUCAUGUUAACUUUAUUAGUUUCAGGUGGUUUCCGUUAGUCAAAAUUUUUAAACGUCUGUGUUAAGUUUCAGAAGUAUCAGGGAGUUGCAGUUAGAAGAUAUUGGAUAUAAAUUACUUGAUUUGAAUAUUUAAGAAUGAUGUUUUAUAUUCAGUUCUCAUACACAAAUUCAGUUGUAAUUUACUUGUUCUCAAUCUUGAAAAAUAUAUAUUUAAGAUCU